UCCAAGUAUAAAGCGAGCGGUGUUUUCCUGCCACGAUGCUCGUUCUUCAUCACUCCAACACUCACUCACUCACUUAUCUCUCAAAUCACACUCUUUAUUAGCUUUUCAGCUUCACACUCUUUAAAAAGCCGCCAUCAUGAAGUUCUUUGCCACUCUUUUGGCCGUUGCCCCUCUGGCUACUUCCGUCAUGUCCCGCGCUGUUGACACACUCGACACCCGUCAGAACUCUUGCAUCGGCUCGACUUACCCUGUGUUGAGCGUCAACCAUGUCGAUCGGAAGGAAAUCCAGGGCGAGAUCGAUCAUCGCGGCUCCCUUGGAUGGAUCGCGACCCCGGAUGUCAGUGUUAUAUUUGACUUCGGCGCUACCACACCGGCCAAUCCCCGGUUGAACUUCCAGAUUCUCAACAAAAACUCAGUCACUUGGAAGGCCGUGAUCCUCAGCAACUAUGUGGACACCAUAACCACCCCGGCUAGGGAGACCGUUCGCAUUUCGAUUGACGCUGCUAGGCAGGUUGGAGCCGACUCUAUCCCGACUUUCCUGGAUGGAUGCGUCCAACUCCCUCGCUUGGAUGGUACUUGGUAUGUGCAGAUGGAGUCCUAAUCCAGUCUGAAUCAAGUCCUCCUACCUAGCCUGUUGGCGUAUCUCUACAUAAAGUACUUUAGCUAGCGCAGCAAGGGGCUACUAUGUACUUUAGCAAAGCUACUGUAAGAGGUGUUUAAUAAUAGAUCCUUAAUUAAGCC